UUGACAUUCUACAUAAUAAAUUUUCAUGAUUUAUCGUUUACAUUUGCGUUUUGCAAGAUUGUAUUUACUAUUUAAAUAAACAAUGGAUUUAGUUGAUAGUGACAUUCGUCAAUGGGACGUAAACGAUGUAAAGGAACAAUUUGGCGACAGCCUCAUGUUGCUACCUUCAAAUGAUAACAUCAAAGAAUUGCAGACCAUUCUUCGGGACAAUUCUAUUUACAGAAACACCUCCCGUAGCGACUUCAAGUUUUACGCUGACAGAUUAAUAAGACUAGUAAUUGAGGAGAGCCUGAACAAGCUGCCUUUCACUGAUUGUGAAGUUGUUACCCCUACUGGAGCCCUGUACAAAGGUUUGAAGUAUGGCUCCGGGAACUGCGGGGUUUCCAUUGUCAGGUCAGGAGAAGCUAUGGAGCAGGGUCUACGCGACUGCUGCCGUUCAAUCCGCAUCGGCAAGAUCCUAGUGGAGAGUGACAAUGAUACGCACGAGGCGCACGUGGUGUACGCCAAGUUCCCCGAGGACAUCUCCAGGCGGCAGGUGUUGCUCAUGUACCCCAUCAUGUCUACCGGGAACACGGUUAAACAGGCAGUGAACGUCCUCUCGCAGCACGGCGUCAAGGAAGAGCACAUAAUCCUGUCAAACCUCUUUUGUACGCCGGCCGCGGCGCAGGCGGUCGUGGACUACGUGCCCAGGAUGAAAAUACUCACCUCAGAGCUGCACCCCGUAGCGCCCAACCACUUCGGCCAGAAAUACUUUGGAACCGACUGAUAUGAGGAUGACUUUUAAGUUAUGUCGUAAAGCGGUGUUGCUGGAGCUGAAAUUAACACUGUUAUAUUUUAGAUAGCAAGAAACAAACUUUGAAGAUAUGAAAUUGUAAAUAUAUGAACUUUACUAAGCAAACUCUGUUAUUGAGGUUCCAAAAAUUGACCUGUAAAUUUUAGUUAUUUAAACAAAUUAUUUUUAGGUUUCGACUUUUUUUACAUCAUCUCAGUACUUUAAGGAAACAAAAUUUUGUAAAAAUAAUAAUUUAAUGUAUAGUUUAUAGUGCAAAAAAUAACUUUUUUUUUACAUUUUAGCUUAAUGUUUGUUCCUAAUAACCAGAUAUGUUUUUAAUAUUACUAUUUAGGCUUAUGUAUUACCCAGAUAAUAACUGUAUUUUUCAUGUAAUAUUAAU